AUGCCGGAGUGCAAGACGCAAAGGAUUCAAGCUGCGUGCGAGGUUACCGAGUUCUGGUGGAAGUCUUCGACUCCGGCUCAAGCUCCACCGAGAACUACAUCUUUGAUUGUGCAUCACUAUCCCAAGACCGGGUUUGAUUCAGACCCAUCGAUACCUCGCCGUAAGUCUUUCUGGACUCCUCAUGGCGAUGAAGAGCAGUCGUUCGCCACAUCUUCUCGUGCUCGAGGUAAGGGUCUCGCGACUUGUGGACACGGUGAACAUCAAUCUUCGCGGACUGGACCGACAUCCGGUGCAACGACCCGCACUCGUCUACUUUACGCUUCAGACGCACCAUCUCAUCUUCUUCGCGCGGUAAGCGUUCGGAUUCGAGGGGCGUUUUCUCGCUUCUUGGUUCUUCGCUCUCUCUGGCGAGGUGCCUGGCUUCGUCCUACUAAAAUGCCCACGAACAUACCAUGCGCAGAUUUGACGUGGGCUGCGAUCCCGAGAUGUGGAAGUGGAAGGUUGAACGAUGUUGAAAAACCAGAAAACACGGACUGCGAAAGGUUACUUCACCAAGUCACGGGGUUCGAGUUCGCGAUGCCCAUACCGACUUGUUCAUCAAAGUUGUUUCCGGACCCGGGCUUUCACUCAGCAAUAGUUGUCUGUUCUCGGUCCCCUCGGACUGCAUCUGCAUCUGCAUCUGCAUCUGCAUCUGCAUCUGCAUCCUCAAUUAAUCUUUCGCGCUGGGCCCAAUCAUUCGCUCUUCUCCACGCCUUCACUCAAGCUCGACAUCUUUUUCAGACUUAUUGA